AGGCUCAUUCCAGCAGCGCAUGAUUGUUUUUUCGCAUUUCAGUCUACGCCCGCAGUUGCAGCACAUUGCAGCAACUCUCCGACGCAAACAGAGAAGAACAUAACCAAAAGACCAGUUCGACGACUGCUACCCCAUUGGCCCAUGCUGUGAGGAAGAGGCGUGUUCACUUCCAAGUCACCUGGGCAGGUCGGAAACACACAUCGAGUCGGAGGUUGCAGUUGGUUGACUGCAGAUGCUCUUCCAGGACCAGUAUGCUCAACAACAGCAACAGUGACAUCACGCAAACGACGCAGUAAGAGUCGCCUCAAGUACUUCUUGUUUUCUUUUGUGGAGGCGGAAACGUUCCACUCAGGCCACUCAGGAAAAUCUAUGAACGCUUGCUUCUCAGUUGUGGCCUUCCUGGUUCUAAAUAGUUCGCCCUCAACAUGCGGCUGCUGGUGCAUUCGUGGCUUUCAAUGGUGGUGAUGGCGCUAGCGCAGGAGCAGCUAAGUUCCGUCUCAGAGGCUGAAAGUGCCAAACGGGCCUUGCAAAAUGAAUGUGAUGAUUGUGAUGAUGCUGCCCUGGAGCUCUUGCAUCUCCGUGCUGGAAAAACUGCAACGGGUGGGGCAGACUCGACAGAGACAGAGACAGGCACUGCGGAAUCGGCCGAUGAUUCACGAUGGAAAAUCUUUGGUAUCAACAUUUGCUUUGGCUGUGGGACAUGCUGCAAUUUGAAUAACGACGCGCUUUGCUGCUCCGCUGACAGUCAAUGUAGCUUUGUGAAUGGUUCUGCAGCCUGUGAAGCCCCUGCUCUUGGACGAGACAUCGAUAUCGGUGGCACAUAUGGCUCAAUUACUACAGGAGAUGUCACGAUUGGAACACCCCACGGUAAACAUGGCAAGUGUGGCGGCUGCCGAAAUUGCUGCCGCAGUCAUGCUCGCAAGGGAGGCCAGGAUAGCUAUCAAGAGGUAUGCUGCCCUUCAGAUACCACGUGCCAGUAUGAGGGAAAUAAGGUGUCAUGCGUUCACGGGAGUCGAGGAGGCGGAGCAGGCGGUGGAGACAUCCACAUUGGCGGCCAUUAUGGGUCAGUUCACACGGGCAACCUGACGAUUGGAUGAAGCUGUGAUACGACGACAAAGCGCGCAACGAAGAUUCAAGGCUAGUCACAGUCCUGCCGCGCUGCCCCUUCAAGUACGCUCAGACUCUGAGAGUUUUGACAUUUUGACUGUGGCAUCUGCGGAUGGCCACAGACGGAUGGCCACUAUAAGCCUCUAUGCCAGUGACCUUGAACUUGAGAGGAACGUUAACAGAUGUGCCAGAGGCGAGAAGCAUUUCACCAAGUCACUAUUCUGGUUAAAGAACUCAAGGGUUUGGUAUGUUCAAGUUCCGAUUGAGGUUCCAAAUCCAGUGUUCCUGUUAGAGCUCGUCACAUAUGCCAAAGUGCAUACGAGCAGUCGAUGGUUCCAUGCGAACAGUUUGAAGUAGUCCUUUUGCCAAGAUAAUGUUUUGUGGUGAAGGGCGGAAAAGAGGGCGAAGAUAGCUGAAUGGGGUUUCAAGAGCAUCAUUUGUUUGCAUGUCAACAUGGACAGCUUGUGGAG